GCAAAUGAAAGGAUAUCCAACUGGUCCCAAGAAGGAGCCCUGCUCAUUGCCACUUAUUUCAUCUAUCGUUAGAGUCACAUGUGGCAAUGUCAUGACUUGGGUCUUGGCAAAUGCAUUCUGGUCAUGA